UUUGGUUUUGAUUGGCAUUGACAACAUCCAAUCACUUUACGAGUGUGAGACGCGCUUCCUGUUUGUACUUGCACAGCAGAUACACAUGGUAGACAGCACAUUUUAGCAUGUAAAGGGCGAGCAUGCAAAACGAUCAAAGCAACAGCAGUCAUAUUCUUGUGAAAUCAACUGUUCAGCACAAUGGUUUGGUUAAGCAGAUGUUGCUGCCGGAAGUAUGGUAACUUUGUGGAUCACCUGCGGGUGUUUGUGAAAGGAGGUUCAGGGGGAAUGGGGUUGCCUCGUCUGGGGGGCCAGGGCGGAGAAGGGGGAGACGUGUGGGUGGUCGCCUCUAAAGACCUCAGCCUCAAGAGAAUCAAGGACCGGUACCCCGAGAAGCGCUUUGUGGCUGAAGUGGGAGACAACAGCGUUGUCCGGGCACUGAAAGGAAAGAAAGGAUCGGACCGUGAGAUCCUCGCGCCUCCAGGAAUCACAGUCACCAAUGACAACGGCAAAGUCCUAGGUGUACUGAAUGUGGUGGGGGAUAAGGUGCGUGUAGCCAGAGGAGGCCAAGGCGGCUCCUUCCACUCCAGCUUCCACCCCAGCAAGGGCCAGGUGCGCCACGUCAGGCUGGACCUGAAACUCAUCGCCGACAUGGGGCUGGUCGGGUUCCCUAAUGCGGGGAAGUCAACUCUGCUGUCAGCCAUUUCACACGCAACGCCAGAGAUCGCCAGCUAUCCCUUCACAACAUUAAAACCAGAGAUCGGCAAGGUGAUGUACGACGACCAUAAACAGGUGUCGGUGGCGGACCUCCCUGGGUUGAUUGAGGGGGCUCACAUGAACAGGGGUAUGGGCCACAAGUUCCUCAAACACGUAGAGAGAACCAAGCAGCUGCUGUUGGUGGUGGACGUGUGUGGUUUCCAGCUGGCCAGUAAAACCCCCUUCCGUUCGGCCUUCCAGGCAGUGCAGCUCCUGGCGAAAGAGCUGGAGCUGUAUAAAGAGGAGCUGCUCAGCAAGCCGGCCAUUCUGGUGGUCAAUAAGAUGGACCUGCCUGAGGCUGGAGAGAAACUCGAUGAACUCAUGCAUCAACUGGACAACCAAGAGGACUUCCGUCACCUUAUCCCCGAGGACAUGGUCCCCAGUCAUUUCCCGACCUUCAGCCACACGGUUCCCGUCUCCGCCUCCUCCGGCCUGGGCGUCGCCCACCUCCAGCAGCUCAUCCGCCAGUCGCUGGAGGAGCAGGAUGCCAAGGCCACCGAGCGCCAACGUCACGACAAGCUCCGCGAGCUGAGGAAGGCUGUGCCGCUGGCCCCCGGCCCUGCCAGCCCUAAGUGGGGUCUGCCUUACCAGGCCUGAGUCACAGACAAGCCCUUGUUGUUUGAGGCCGUCUGGAGGCCGACUGAAAUCAGUCAGUCAUUGACUGAUUAUGACACACAUCUGCCUGCCUGUGCCCUAAUCAGUCCCGUCAGGGUGUGUGGAGGGGGAAUGUCUGAUGCGAGAGUACUUGUCCUGCUGUGAGAAGCUUCUAGAACGUGUGUUGUUGCCCUUCAGAAGCAAACGUAGGAGAAGAUCAGCCAUGUUCAAUCAGUGUUGAGGUGAGCUGUAAUGUGCAGCUGGAAUAUACUGGUUGAAGUGUGUGUGUUUGUGUGUGUGUGUGUGUGUGUGUCUGUGUGUGUGUGUGUGUGUGUGUGUGUGUGUGUGUGUGUGUGUGUGUGUGUGUGUGUGUGUGUGUGUGUGUAUGAACUGGCGGAAGUCUGUCUUGUGUUUGGUGAUGCGUACAUUUGCUCACUAAACCAGUAAUAUUUUUUUCCGGUCCGCUUCAUAUUCUUCUCUGUUGUUAUGUAAUACCUCCGGCCUAUGUGCUACGUGUAUGUUAACCACAUACAUUCAUUUCCACAUUUCUACUGGUGUGUACAGAAACGUUGUAUAUCUAAGAAAAGUAAAAUGUUUUUGGAGCAUAGAUUUGAACCAUGUUGUAUUUUUUCAAAGUCUGUUCUUUGGUUGCGGCAGUAGGUGUAGAAAAAGAACAGAGAGCCCCCUGUAGUAUGUAUCCUGUCAAACAUAAUUCAAACACCAGACACUCACUCCUCGAAAUCAGGAAUCGUUGUCUGCUGACACCAUGACGACGAGGUCCACACCCUCAGCUGUGGUUUAUUAGUGCGUUUUGGUUUAGUUUGAAGGUCUUUUUCCUGUAAGAUUUCCACAAACGUUUAUAUGGGUCAUUCCACACUAAAUCACCUCGAGUUCAUGUCAUGGAUUUUCAUGAAAAAAAAAAAGUCAGUUAAAUUCGUCUAGUGCAGCAAAACUGCCAGAAGAAUUGCAGUGCACUGUCCACCCAAUAGUUUUUGUUUUAAAAUGUUUGAAGUUGAUGCCCAAGCCAAAACAAGUAAUUUCUGCUGGUAUUAAUCCACAUAUGUUUAACUUAACCAAUGCCUCAAAUCAUCAUGGAUUUACCUGAAAUGUUUCCUGGAUGUACAGACCAUUCUCCAGAUAAGGUCCACUGAAUUUCAACAUGAUCUGUGUUCCUGAAUUCAUAUGGGUAUUAAAUAAAUCAGGUGUAUUUCAUGAAUCAGUAUGCAAACAUCAAUGUCUACAAAUGAAUAUCUUGGGUAUUAUUUCUUUUCCUGAUUUUGAUAUGUGGUACAUAGGUCCAUCAAUCCUAUGAGUUCCUUCAAUACAAAUCAGAAGCUCCACAGUGAGAUCAAAAUGCACUCAAAGUGGAAAAAAAACAUUACACUAUAUUUUCUCAAAGGGGAUUAACUAUUUGCUUUGAAGUACCAGUAACCAUGACAUGACAUGAACUCUAGGGGAUUUGGUGUGGAAUGUCCCACAUUUGAAUAAAAGGUAUCCCUGUUGAGUUCAGAUGCCCUGUCAGGCACUGUAGCCCUGCACAGUGGAGUGUUUCUGUGGGAAUUGGUGCCCAUCCAUUCUGUAGAGCAUUUAUGAGGCCAGGCACUGAUGUUGGAUACAUGCUCUACAGAAUGAAUGGGCACCCAUUCCCAAAGAAACACCACAAUCUUGCGGAAAGCCUUCCAAGAAGAGUGGACACUUUUAUAACUGCAAAAGGGGGACCAACUCCAGAUUAAAGUAUAUGUAUUUGACUACAAUGUCAUUAUAGUCCCUGUUGGUGUAAUGGUCAGGCAUUCGAAUACUUCUGUCCAUAUAGUGUAUAUCUGUAUGUCGUUUCAGUCAUAUGUUACUUGGUGAGAUACUUUUCAAACAAUGUUUUACUCCAGGUGUUAUUAAUUUAGCACAAGGACCUUAAAAAUGCUCUUUUUGAAUAUGUACAAAAGACCAAACAAGAUACAGGACAUACUUGCAAUGUUCUGCCCCUAAAGUUCAUCUGGUACUAAAAAAAUGUUUGUUGUUGUUGUUGUGCUGUGUUUGUUUGUUUCAACAGAGAGGUUAUAGGUUAGAUGUGUGGAAAGUCCCUAUGAGACAUUUGCAGAAGUGUCUGAGGUAGUGCUUGCACGUGCGUGUUUAUGGUUAAGCGUUGCAACAGUUGGCACCACUCGUAUGCCUCUCAGAGUAACCUGUUUUCGUGAGUUCUCAUGUGAAACAAACGCUGCCCUGAGCUCUUUCAUAAGACUGAAGUGAGGCAAGGGCUUCACCUCUCAAACUCAACAGGCAAAACACCCUUGUGUUUUUUUUUUUUUUGGUCUUGCCUCACUCACUCAUUUUUUUUCUUGUUUUCUUACUUAAACCUCUUAUGAUCUCUUCACGCCAUUCCUGUAGCAAAGCACAAUUUGGAGGUUAUAAUCCUUAACUACUUCUGAAUGAUUUGAUAUGUUAUUUUUCUGUUAGUGAGGUUUGAGUCAACAAGACACAACAGACCUCUGUAGUCCCUCUCGGCCGAGGCAGCCUGGUCCCAUGGGAGACAGCGAGAUACGAGGGGAGAGUCCCUGCAGUCUUUUCAUGUCCAACGUUGAGUUUCACUCGUCUUGGUUUUGUUUAUUGAGAUUGAGAACAUUUAAUUAUUCCAUUUUGGUGGACUUUGUAGCUAGCCGAUUAAUUCCUCUCUAAAGUAGGCUACUGAGCUGAAAUCACCCAAAUAAUGACAACAAUAGCAUUUCCCCUUUGUUGUUGACAGAUUUAGUGAAGAAACCAGUAGUAUUGUUGCUUUUAUAAGUUAAUCCAUAUAUUAUAUAUAUAAUGAAUUAGUUUAUUCAGCAAUAUGAGUAACUAAAGAACAACAUGAGUAUAAUGUGAACUGAACAGAGACCAUAUUUACUCAGAGGGAAAAGAAAGCUUUUAAAGUCUUUAAACAGCUGAUAUAAAUAAUAAUAAUAAUAAUACAACUAGCCCUCUUUAUCAUAAGGCAAUGUGAUGUUCAUUCAUCAACCUCAUAAACAAAAAUCUGAAAAAGAUCUUACCAGAGAUAAUGUUGGAAUUUCACUGUUAGGGUCAUUAAGUAUUUUAUAUAUAUUAUAUAUAUUUCAUGAGCCAUAGUUCAAAAAGUACUUUUAGUUUUUAUUAGGAGUUUAAUGUUAAUACCAGGGAGAAAAUGUGUAGAAUCGACUCUACUAUAGUAGACUUGAAGAGACAAAUGUGAAAAAGUUCAUGUAACCAACAUAAUUCACUUUUCUUGUAAGAUGAAAACGUUGCGGUCACGCAGAGAUUUAUUUGGAGGAUAAAAUCUUGCUUGUCAUAGCAUUAGCAGAAGCAUAACUGCAACACAUACGCCAUUUCAAAUCACCACAAUAAAUCAUGUUUGUGGAAACUUAAUCUUGGAAUGGAAACUGCUAAAUGACUAAAUGUAUAUCAACGCACAAAUCAAUUGAAUUUCUCAGAAACUAUACAGGGCACAUUCACACAUGCAAGCCUUAAAACAGGUUAAUGGUGGGGAGAGGUUUCAUUCCACCUCAUAGAUACUCAUUUCAUUUCAUGAUUUCUAACUGUCUAAAUUCAUCUCAUCUGAAGACUAUACGUAAUUGUACACUUCCAAGCAGGGCACGUCUAUUGGCAAUGGUCCCAUUAUAUAUUCUCACCACACUUUUCACCUUAUGAGAGAGAUGGGUGGACGUUGUGCAAUGCAGGUUUUGUUGCAGUAACAGAAAUGUCGUGGCGUAACUUCAGGAGGAAGGAAGGAGAGGGCCUGAUUGUUUUAGCCAACAGGCGAGUUUGACGCAACAGUCGGGUACGCAGCAAGAACAUUUAACAGAGAGGGCAGAAGCAUUCAUAGUGGUCACUUGCUCAGGUUGGAUGUCCUGAAUAGUAUUCAGCAUGGUUUGCAGCAUUUUAUAGUGUCGUGGACUACAUUGCUUUUUCAUAGUUUUCACUCGGGGGAAUUCUUUUUUUUACUUUUUAAAAGUUUGCUUAAUUUGUUUUUCCACUGUUGAGGAAGUACUAAGAGGGAGGUUUCAUUGUUUUUUUUCUGAUGGACUUUUUUCGUCAGCUUGUUUUCAGUAUAGAUUGACGAAUUUUGGCAGAGAAGAUGGACUGUGGCUGGACUCUGGCUCUGGCUCUCCUGCUGAUGGUGGAAGGUCACCGAGAUGAUCUGUGUCCACGGAGAGAUCCACCUCCAGGGGUAAUGGUGUUGACCCCGGGCAGUGAAGUCCUCCUUCAUUGCCAUGGCGAUGUCAUUGUUGACAGAGUGCUUAAGGUCCAGGGAAAUACAGAGAGACCCUUUAUUAGGGCUUACCAGCAAGACGCAGGGACCACAUCAGAUGAAGGAUACCUUGGAAAAACAGCAGAGACCUCUACUGCAACAUACAAAAUGGAGACAGGAAGAUCCUUGACCGAAGCAACAGAUGACACCUCUCGUGGGAAAUACCAGAAAGAGACAGGGGUGACCUCCAGUGACAGAUCCCAUGAAAAAGAUAGAGAAACCAAACCUGGAACUUACCAAAGAGAGACUAGGAGAACAGCCACUGAAGGAUUCCACAGAGAGAGAGGAGGAACCUCUUCAGAAGGAUAUGAUGAAAGUACAGGAGGAACCCUACAAGGGGCACACGAAAGA